AUGGCCAGAGCUGCUGACUGCGGAACACCACUGGGGGUCAGAUCAGUGACUAUGCUUAUCCACGCCUAUGCUAAAGCGGCAGAUGUAGCAGGCGCACAGACGACACUGCGCGGCAUGAAGCGGCAGCAGCUUCAUCCCAAUGCACAGGCAUUCAACGGUGUUAUGGCUGCCUGUGCAAGGGUGUCAGACAUGGACAACACGCUGCACUGGCUCAAGAAGAUGCAGCAGUCCUGUAUAGCACCGGAUGCUGUUUCCUUCCGAAUCUAG